UCAACCCUGUCAGCCCUGCCCUCUUUGCUGGAAUACAAUCAAUCUGCAAUGCUUCCAGCUCAGUAGCAGCAGACUGCGAGCUGGAGAGAUGGGACUGAAGAAGCUCCUUGGCUACCUGCUGCCAGUCACACUGUGGGUCUUGGGAGUGCGAGAGACCUGGGGUCAGAUACAGCCCUCUGAAGUGGAACUCCUGAACACCCUGAAAGAGACGAAACUGGAGUGGAUCCCAGCGAAGGAAAAGACAUGGAACUUGAACUCACUUCCCUUUGAGCUGAACACUCCUCACCCAGUCUACCAAGCUUGCAGCUACGACAAGAGAAACACCUACAAGCUGCUGUGGACCAACUGGAUUGCACGAGGAGACGCCAAUCACCUGCUUGUGGAUCUGGGAUUCGCUCAGGAGGAGUGUGACAGAGAAGAGCCCGUCUGCCAGCUAGAAGUCUACUUACUGGAAUCAGAGGAGCCUUUAUCACAUAGAGGGCUCAGCGUGUACCAAGCCUCCGAGCCCAUCCCAGUGAACUCCACAAAGCAUUUCCACCACGAUUCAAGCCCUCAGACGAAAGCAGAGAGCACAAACUCAGUCUCUGCUUUAGACUUGGGCCCCCUCUCUCAAGCCGGGUUCCACCUGGGCUUCGGUUAUUCCGGCCCCUGCAUCUUCCUCUCCAGGGUCAGGGUGUAUUUCAGGAAAUGCCCAGGCUUUUCUGAGGGCCGGGCCGAUUUCCCUGGUGCGGCUGGGGGGGCCGGCCAGAUAAGGGGGGCCUGCGUUGAGAAUUCCAUUGAAGUGUCUCCCCCACUCAGGGAGUGCGGCGCAGACGGGAUUUGGGGGGACUUGGAGGGGCAGUGUGUGUGUGACAGAGGAUACCAAGAAACUGGGCAUCACUGCGAAGCCUGUAGGAUUGGAUACUACAAGCCGGCCAAUCGCAGUGAGGGGUGUCAGCAGUGUCCGCCCAAUAGCAAGACAGAGGCAGAGGGAGCAGAGUCGUGCCAGUGCAUGAUGGGAUACUUCCGGUUGGACAGUGAUCCAGUGGAGCUGGGCUGCACCAAGCCCCCCUCUGCCCCCCAGAACCUCACAUUCUCUCUCCACCAGUCCUCGGUGACUCUGUCCUGGGACCCCCCUGGUGAUCUGGGGGGCCGGGGCGAUGUCCAGUAUGCAGUGGGGUGCUGGGAGAGGGCAGGAAGUAAGGACUGGGAGCGCUGUGGAGAUACUGUCCACUACCCACGGACUAGCAGACUGACCAACACCACGGUCACUGUGACCGGCCUGCAGGGGGCGCUCCAGUACCGGUUCCAUGUCGAAGCCAGCAACGCGGUGUCGGCAACCAGCGGAGCAGCUCGGGCUACCAGUGCAGUCAGCAUCACCAAGUGGGAACCCCAGCCUCCCCUGAUCACCACCCUCCCUGUGUCUGAGAAGCCGAGCUCAGUGCAGCACUAUGUGGUGCUGGGGGCAGCACUAGGGGUCGCUGUGCUCAUCGCUCUCAUUGUUAUAGUGCUGAUUGCCACGCGGAACAAAUACAAAAAACUAGCUAGAGAACAGGAGGUGGAGUUGCUGCCCGUCAAUUCUGGCCGAACCUACAAGCGACAGACUGAGGAGGUGACGUCUGUAUCAGAGGGGGUGACCUGGCAGCUUCUGGAGGUCAGUGAGCAGUUGAAGUCCAGUCUGAAGGAUGUCCUGGUGGAACGCAGUGAGCUGAGUCUGGGUCGGGACUUGGGUUCAGGGGAGUUCGGUGCCGUGUAUGAGGGUUACUUCAGACCAACGGACGGGCCAGAGAUCAAAGUGGCGGUGAAAACGAUGAGAGUGGGGCUCUACAGUCAAGAGGACCUGGAGUCUUUCCUGAAGGAAGCAGAGAUCAUGCAGAACUUCAACCACACCAACGUCGUCCGACUGUUAGGGGUCGCUCUGGAGUCCAACCCUGAGUCACGCAUCCCCUCGCCGAUGGUCAUCCUGCCCUUCAUGAAGCACGGAGACCUACGGAGAUUCCUAUUGGCUACACGGCACGGAGAGAUCCCCAUGUUUGUUCCCUCUCAGACUCUGCUGCGCUUCAUGAUUCACAUCUCCUCCGGGAUGCAAUACCUCAGUAGCAGAGGGUUUCUACACCGGGACCUGGCAGCACGCAACUGCAUGCUGGGAGAUGAUCUCAGGGUCUGUGUGGCUGACUUCGGCCUCUCUAAGAAGAUCUACAGCAGCAACUACUACAGACAGAAGGUGGCGAUCCGGAUGCCUGUCAAGUGGAUGGCAAUCGAGAGCAUGGCAGAGUCUGUCUACACAAGCAAGAGCGAUGUGUGGUCCUUCGGGGUGACGAUGUGGGAGAUCGUGUCUCGUGGCCGGAGCCCUUACCCUGGAGUUCAGAACCACGAGAUGUUUGAGUUCCUCGAAGCAGGGAAUAGACUGAAGCAACCGGCCGACUGUGACCCCAAGCUGUACCAGCUGAUGACUGAGUGCUGGAGCCCAGACCCUUCGGACAGACCCAGCUUCUCAGAGCUCGAGGGCAGCCUGAAGGAGCUCCUGGCCUCCCUGCCUCCUCUCCAUGCCAAGGAGGAGGCCCAGUACAUCAACCAGGGCCUGGAGCUCGCGGUGCAGGGACUGGGGGGAGACGAGGACAAAGCCCAGGGCAACCUGUACCUGCCCAACCCCACUACAGCACCCCUAGAGGACAGCAUGGCUUCCUGCAGCUCACAGGACGAACAGGGAUAUCAGGUCUUCAGCAAGUUUCAGUGAAUAGUAGCAAUUUCCCUUACAUGAACACAAGACCCCUUAUCUCAGUUUUUACCAUUUUUUUAUCGAAACAGUCCCGGUUUUUACAAAAGCUAUAGGUCGUUAUUUAGCAAUUCUAAACAUAUUUUACACCUGAAACAGAGAGACCACCCGAUAUUAACACAUAUUAUCAAACAUUCUCGCGACACCCAACUGUAUAAAACACAGUCUAGAUCAGCCAAGGUAGCAGUCUAAUGACAAGCUACUGUGAAUCUGCUUUCCUUUUGCUUUGCUGGUAAUACACAGACUGUGCACUAGAUGGUGCUGGCGCUUACUGAUAUAAAGACACUUGGGCAGAUCUCCCCUACACAUGUCUAUGGCAGACACCUAGAGCUGAAGAGCAGCUCCUGAACGUUCACUGUGGCCUGUGACAAGGUGAAAUUAUUGAAAGCCAUCAGUGGUUUACGGAGUGUGUUACAACAUUUGACCAGAAGGUGGCGCUGCUGUCUAAGGAAGCUUUUGAUUAAGUUGCAAAAGGCUGUUGAUUUGCAUUCAGAAAGCCGAGAUAUGUCUUACACAGUUCUACAGCUAUGGACUGGCAUCCUUUAAGCCCCGACUUGACAAAGUUUUGAGAACCAGCCAGCACUGAUGGGCUGAACGGCCUCCUUUCUUAUGGUCUUCUCGUCUGAAUACAAUUUCUCACUUCUUUAUUCAGAGUUUUGUAACUUCAACAGUAAAACUCAUUUUUUUCUGUGCUAUGGUACUAACACACAUUUCAAUAAACAUAAUAUAAGAUAUUAUAGUUAUUACUGAAAUAUUGUGUUUAAUUCAAUUUUUGAUGUAUAUAGGGCAGCAGUGGUUAGGGCUCUGGACUCUUGACCGGAGGGUUGUAGGUUCAAUCCCAGGUGGGGGGACACUGCUGCUGUACCCUUGAGCAAGGUACUUUACCUAGAUUGCUCCAGUAAAAACCCAACUGUAUAAAUGGGGAAUUGUAUGUAAAAAUAAUGUGAUAUCUUGUAACAAUUGUAAGUCGCCCUGGAUAAGGGCAUCUGCUAAGAAAUAAAUAAUAAUUAUAAUAAUAACACAAGCUAGAUCAGCACACUAAUGGCUUAGAAAAGAGCUGCCCCAUCUAGUGAAUCUAGUUUGUUUUGCUGUCUAUGUUGAAUACCUGAGAUGCAAAGCCUGUUCACUAGAUGGCGCUGUAUCCCCCCCACUAUACAGACACGGAUGUAGCUAGCCUGUGUUAUACCUGCCCAUAGUGAAAGAUAAUGGGGAGUUUCCAUGUGUGUUCUAAUUUUACUGGAGACAUUGUGCUCGAGCCAAAUGAAAAAUGGCCCUAUUCAUUCGGGUUUGCAUUGUCUCACUUUAUUUUAGUUUAGUUUAAUUCAGUUAUUCGUGUUUUACGUUAUGCUCACGAGUAAAUGAGAUUUACACUAUCCCUCUCUGUGGCCACAAACCUGAUCUUCUCGCCCAAACGUGCCACUUCACAUGUAAAUAACCACACAUGGAAGCUCCCUCAAUGACAACUGCGCUUGGAGAGCUGCUUCUAAACAGAGUAAACACAAUUUUGAGAAAUUGCAGUAAGAAACACUCAGAGUCAUUAACAAUGUAAACAGUGUGCAAUUUAAAACUACUUUAUAAUUCUAAAUUUUAAAAGAUAUUAAAGAUCAUUUACUAAAAUCAUAACUUUUAAUAAUGUCAGCAACUAAUGUUAAAAACUGUACAAAUAUGGAUUUUACUAAUUUACUAUAUAAAACUUUUUUUUUAGUAUGUUUGUAAAUACAGUAUCAAUUUAUAUUUAUAUUGCAAGUUGAAUAAAAUGUGUUUUUUGAAGAUGAA